AUGGGAUGCGGUGCGCGCGUGAUUGUGCGCGUGAGCGGCACGCUCGUGCAUACUCUACCGUGCGCCAAGGAGAUGGGAGCGUAUAAGUGUGAAUUGCCGGCGCCUUUCCGUACUGGUACCAAUAAAACAAUAGACGUUCAGCUGCAGACUAAUACCUUGAAUAUCGAAGAGAAGGGACUCACGAUCGACGUGGAAGUGCACAAGGAAUGUAACAAACCGGACGCGGUGCAUUCCUCCCUUACGCUGAACUACGAUUUUGAAAAAGUGCUCGAAAAUGUUGUUAUUCACGGGUCUACUAUAAAUAGAGUCAUAUCCGACGCAGAAUUAGAGGAUUCGAUGGAAGAUAAGUUGUCAGUGGAACAAACCUAUACUAUUUAUAACAAUCAGUCGUUUCAAUGGAAGAAGGUGUUCCUGACGAUAGAUGGAAUGGACAACACUUACAUAGAAAAAUCUAUGGUAAGGGUUGGCCAACCAAACAAAUGUUCAGUGAAAAUGGCAAACAUUUGGAAAUGUUCAAUCCCCUUGGCACCGAACUCUACGACGACAAUUAUUGUGUCUUCAACUAUUGUCAAAAAUAAGUUAGAGAUUUCCCUAAAGAAAGGUACUACAAAAAUAACAUCAAAACUAAGGCUGCAAUUACUACCAGACAAAACCAAGGAUAAAUCGAUAUCUACAGUAAUAACGUUGGAAGAAAAGCCGAAGAGUCCGAUAGGAACCAUUUUGAUCGCUAUCCUAGUGGGCUUGCUUCUCCUGCUCAUCAUAGGAGUUAUACUUUACAAGUUGAACUUCUUUAAAAGGAAAACAAAAGAAGAAUUGGAAGUGUUGAAAAGUGAAAUGAGAAGACAAAGUUUGCGAAGCGGCACAUCAGCUGAUAGUCGAACUCAACCGGCAGUUGAUCCAGCAGUAACAGUCCCAGAUCCAGAACAUGACUUCGAUACGGUGGACUUGUUCGUGGACGAAACUCCGUUGGCGAAGUCUUUGUCCUCCGAUCAGCUGAACUAUUUAGCAGCGAAUCCGGACUCGGUGAAGUUGGAGGACUGUCCGAAAAAAACAGAUUUCGAUGACAAAGAUGGGUUUACGCAUGUGUAAUAAAUAUAGACGGGUUUCUUAUG